AUGGCUGAGGAGGAGGGCCAGGCUGUCUUUUUCAGCAGUAGUGGUGUUCCUAGUCAGCCUAAGCUGCUCAUGAAGCCAUUCCCAGAAAUAGUUUCUGCCUUAAAUAAAAACUUGAGCAACAAAGCCUUCAUCAAAGUUGGUGCAUCGCUGGAAUCAGCAGCUAUCCCGAAGGCAGAAACACUGGCAGAUGAGAUGGUAGAGCCUGUCCCGCCCUUCCCGGACUCCUGUCAGCACGCUUGCCUUUGGGAGGCAGCAGAGACGUCUCAUUUUGCUGCCGUUCACCCUCUGAGGCAUAAUCUGUUUGGUUCACCUAUGAACAAGCUGGGCAUGCUCCCCCUGUGCCUGGGGCUGUCCGCCGCCGCCCCGAGAAGAGACCCCGAUCUGGACGGCCACUGGCAGCUGUGGAAGUCGUGGCAUAGUAAGGACUAUCAUGAGAGAGAGGAAAACUGGAGGAGAGUGGUGUGGGAGAAGAAUCUGAAAAUGAUUGAACUCCACAAUUUGGAUCACUCCUUAGGAAAACACAGUUACAAGUUGGGAAUGAAUCAGUUUGGUGACAUGACAACUGAGGAGUUCAGACAGCUGAUGAAUGGCUAUCUCCACAAGAAGUCAGGACGGAAGUACAGAGGAUCCCAGUUCCUUGAGCCCAGCUUCCUGGAAGCACCAAGAUCUGUAGACUGGAGAGAGAAAGGAUAUGUAACUCCAGUUAAAGACCAGGGUCAGUGUGGCUCUUGCUGGGCUUUCAGCACAACAGGAGCUCUGGAAGGGCAGCACUUCAGAAAAACUGGCAAACUUGUUUCAUUGAGUGAACAGAAUCUGGUGGACUGUUCCCGUCCUGAAGGGAAUCAAGGCUGCAAUGGUGGUCUCAUGGACCAGGCUUUCCAGUAUGUGCAAGACAACGGGGGAAUUGAUUCAGAGGAAUCCUACCCAUAUACCGCAAAGGAUGACGAAGACUGUCGCUACAAGGCAGAGUAUAACGCUGCUAACGACACUGGCUUUGUGGACAUCCCUCAGGGACAUGAAAGAGCUCUCAUGAAAGCAGUAGCUUCUGUGGGUCCAGUAUCUGUUGCUAUUGAUGCAGGCCACUCUUCGUUCCAGUUUUAUCAGUCAGGUAUCUACUAUGAACCAGACUGUAGCAGUGAAGACCUGGACCAUGGUGUUCUGGUUGUAGGUUAUGGCUUUGAGGGGGGAGAUGUAGAUGGCAAGAAAUACUGGAUUGUUAAGAACAGCUGGGGUGAGAAGUGGGGUGACAAAGGAUAUAUCUACAUGGCAAAAGACAGGAAGAACCACUGUGGGAUAGCAACAGCUGCUAGCUAUCCACUUGUAUAAUUUGAAGACUGAACAUUUCAGUGCAAGAGGGGUUUUAAACUGAAAGACCAAACCCAUGUUCAUACAUGUGGUAGACUUAUAUCCUUCAAAAGUCAACUUGAUAUUUUUUUACUUUUGAGUUUUACAUGUUGGUGAUAUGCCACUUGUUUUAAAUUAAUGUAAAUGUUGGUAUGUAAACAGCUUGUAAUAUUGCUGGCUUUUGACUGCUUAAUCUAAUAGAUUCUUCUAUGUAUUUUUUCCUUUUUUAAAUUGCAAUGUGCCCAAAGUUUUACUUUUUAAAUAAACACUUGAAUUCCAGUGUGUACAGAU